AUGUAUAUUUAUUAUUUCUUAUAAAUUUUAGUGAUUACUUAAAUAGAUUUGUAAUAUUUUGCAAUAUUUAUUUUUUUAUUAAAAAUUUCAACUAAUUUUAAUAACUUUAAAAACAUCUCAAAGUGUUUGUUCAAUAUGAAUGCUUUUUCUCAAAAGUUAACAAGCUGUAUUGAUUACUUAAGUGACCCUAUUAAUGGAGAAACUAACUGCUGUUGUUGUUGUUUAAAACUCAAACCAAUGAACAUUGUAAAAAUCCUAGCUUUAUAAGAUAUUCUAAUUUCGGCAGGGCUUAUUCUUGUUGGAAUAAAUGCUAUAUUGUAAAUAAAAAUAUUUAAUUACUACCUUUAGUUAUUCUCAACCAAUAGCUUGCUCUAUGGAAUAGUUUUUGUUUCUUCAGGAGGUGUGAUUAUAGUGAGUUUGUUGGUUUUUUAUUUAGCUAAUCGUAAGAAAAAUUUAAAAUGCUUUGGAUUAUUCUAUGUAAUCCUACGUAUAAUACUUUUUUUAGCUAUAACUGCAUAUAGUAUCCUUCUCCUAAUUUGUUCUUUAAAUACUACCAGUUCUUCAGACCCUAUUUAUGGUUUUGAUUCUAUUACUAAGCUUAAUGUGCAAGAUUAAAAGGGUGAAUACUAUGGAAUAUUAGCAGGUAUUAUAGCUUAUAGUGCUCUUAACCAUUUCUUUUCUUUAAUAUUAUUUCUCAGCUUUAGAUAUCUAAGUGAAGGUUAUGAAUAUGAGAGAAAUAUUAAUAUGAAAGACAAGGAGAUAAAGUAAACAUUUGCUCCUGAAUGGUUCAGAAAUUAAGAAGUCUAAAAAAAAAAUAAUUUAAUUAAAAAUCAAGAAAAUUAGGAUCAAAAAGAAAUGCUUAUUAAUUAAAAUAAGAAAAACAAUGACCUAGAAAUAAAUAAAGAUUAAGGAUUUGUGGAUACAAAAGAUACUAAGCAAAAAACUAAAAUUAGUAAGAACAAAGUAGUUCCUUUAAAUAAUGAUUAAAAGGUUAAUGAUGAUGAUAUCAAAUCUAAAUCUACUAAAUUAAUUAUACAUGAUGAAAAUGAUGCCAAAAAUUCAAUGAAAAUUAUAAAUAUGGAUGGUAUAGGAAGUAAUACAUCAAUACACCAAUUAAAUUAAUGA